CUGCAGGAAAUGGUCCCUUUCCUGAAAUGUGCAGUACUGGGCAGUCAGCUGAUAUACAAUGGACUUGUGUACUCGUCUAUAAAUCACCAGCUUUUCUAGCUGUGUUUAUACUGAAGCUGUGAACAGGUGGAGCAGACACCAUGCAGAGGAUAGUCAUUAUUUGUAUUGCACUUAUUUACUUCCAAGCAACGCCCAAUGCUGCAAGGUCCUCGGAGUUGAAAGAUGCCAUUGAUUACAACCCUGAAACUGAGGGGGAAGUAAAGCAUAAAGCUCAUGAAAAUGUUACGAAACUGUCCAUCAAUCAAACUGCAGAAAAUGUGACGGAACUGUCCAUCAAUCAAACUGCAGCUUUUGAACAGAUUGUGAAAUUAACCAACUGCUCAGUGCCUAGGGUACCGGGAAAUGGAGGAUUAGUGUGUGUUUAUUUUGACGACAACUAUUACUGCAAACCAAUGUGUAACCAGGGCUACGAUUUCGCUUUUUUGAGAAGGAGCAGGCUGUAUGAGGAAUGUGGAACUAAAAAUGCCUUCACUUGGACAACCCAGUAUAUCGGAGGUUCUCGGCUAGCAGAAUGCAUUGUUUCAGAUGUCCCGGUGAGUGGACAACCAUCGGCCUACUUCAACAAGAAAACGUGUCUAGAAGUUGUUUCUGACAUGAAAAGAAAACGGGAACAUAUAGAUGAGUUCAUAAGCGAACUGAAAAAAAGAGACAUACAAAAAGAUCACAAGAAAGAGCUGGAUUUUGUCACUUGUGGAGAAUGAUAAACAGAUUUAAAGAAUACGUGAUUUUGUAAUGCCUUUUCAUUUUUGGACUUUUGGCUGCCCUCCGCUUAAAUUCACAAUAAAUGUCUGCUUGCUAACAA